AUGGAUUCUAAUAUCACGGUGAGCAGCAGCAACAUUACUUCCAUCCACACCGUGGCGCAAGUCAUCAGCUGGGUGACUUUUGCCAUUGGGAGUCCUGUGCUGUGCCUGGUGGCUUAUACCCUGUAUCACCUGGUGAAGACUGACCACGUCACCCCGGUUUACAUCAUUAACCUCCUCAUUACUAACAUCUUCAGUUUCAUUGGCAGACCUAACACGGCCGGAGAGAAAAAUUUGAUCUCUGCUGAAAUCAGAUCCCUGGUAUUUUAUUACAGUGUCAUAACCAAUAUUGUGUUCAUGGUGUGCAUCGCCCAGGAGAGGUACCUGCUGGUCACCCGUCCUGUGUGCCUAGGGAGCCGACACGCAGUCAGAAGCUCUGCCCUGGUCUCCCUGCUGCUGUGGGUCGGCCCCUUGGCAGUCCUGUCCCUGGCCAUUUACGGCUACUUCCUGUGGCUUUCCGUCUGCCUCCUCCUUCCGUUCCCCUACUUCCUGUUCCUGUGCUUGGAUGCAGUCAGAGCCCUCUCCUGCUCCACCACACUGCCCAGCCAGGAAAAGAGGAGAAUCCUGGGAACACUGACCUUCAUCCUGGGGAACUACAUUGUGAUUUUCCUUCCCUUCAUAUUGAACAUGCUGCUGAAGUCCCUCUCAGUGAGUGUGGAGGGGUUUCCCCUGGAGACAGUGGCCAGCAUGCUUCUGCUCCUUAGCCCCCUGCUCGACCCUCUGCUCUUCUUCUGCGUACACAAGAGCAGAAGGGACAUCCUGCAAGCCUUCCCCUGUUGCAAGGGCCUGGUCCAUCACCAGGAGGAACCAGGGUCUGUCCCCACCAUUUCUGAAACCGUGGCCAGUGUCUAG